AUGACGAGCCUAGGGGAGCUCCCCCCCUCCAUCACUCCUUACCCCUCCCCCUCUCCCCAUCACUCCCUCCCUCCUCCAUCACUCCCUACCCCUCCAUUCCCUCACUCCCUCUCCCAUUCUCUCACUCCCCCUCCCAUUCCCCCUCUCCCUCUCUCUCACUCCCUCCCACUGCACACCACUCCCCCUCUCCCUCAUUGCAGCACUCCCUCUCCCUCUCUCUUAUUGCCUGGCACCCCUCCCUCAUUGCCUAUAACCCCCUCAUCCCCUCCCUCAUUGCCUAGAACCUCUUCCCCCCCCCCCUCCAUCAUUGCCUACCAGCCCUUUCCCCUCUCCCUAUUGCCCACCAAACCCCUCCCCCUCCCCUUCUCUUUAUUUCUGUAUUUAAUGAAUGGUCUUUGUAGUAAUGUAAAUCUAUGUAGUUUCAUUCAAUAAAUUGCACCUUUGUCUUCUGC